UAUAAGCAAUAGUAAACCGUAAAGCUUAGUCAGUGUAACACACCAAGAGAGACUAGCAAUACACUUCAAGAAUGUAUCCACCGCUAAAGUCGCUAUUUCUCAUCACCAUUCUGAUGGUUUGGUACCCGGCCAAAGCAGUUCUCGAUCAAACGUCCACAGACUACUCCCCACGCAUGGACAACACCAUUGCUUAUAAGGUUCACACGGAAUUGCGUACAUGGAAUGAAGCGGCUGAAGUAUGCAGAGACGAAGGAGGUCGUCUGGCGAUAAUUGACAGCUACGAAAAAGUUGGAGUCAUUGGAAAAAUGAAACCGUUUAACGCCUACGUCUGGGUUGGCGUGUCGCGAUCGGACCCUGAUCAUCCUUGGAUCAUGGCUCACGAUGGUUCGUCGAUGACCAACAUUCCAUGGGCACCAACGAAACCUUCGGGUCCGUUCAACUGCCUUACCGUCCGAGGAUGCAACCGAGGAUUGAGCAACGAGGAUUGCAACGAGCGAAAAGGAUUCGUUUGCGAAAAGUCGUUGACGGAUUGAUUCAAGUUGAGACAAGCUGGAUGGAGUAGUUGGAAGCAAAUGGAAGCCAAUGUUGAGCUGCGUUUUUUGAUAAGAUAGUGGCACUGAAUCUUGACACGUGCAACGAAAUUUCACGAGGAUGAAGUUAGUGAUGUUGCUCUUGAACGAUUGGUGUUCAGGAAAAAUCGUUACUUCGCACACCUUCGCCAAUGUCCGAAAAGCGGGUGAAGUUUCACGUGUCAAGUUUUGUGGUGGAUGAAAAUUAACUACGUUCUGUGCAAUUACGAAUACCUGCGCACCUGCAUAACUUCUCGUAGAAUAUUUUUAAUCUUUGAGAAUAAAUGAAAUUUUGCCUCUCUAUA